CUCCUCCUUGCCAGAGCCUGCUUGGCACCGGGACCUCCGGUCCAAUGCGCCCUUCUCCCUCCCAGUGGCACUGUGUGCUGUACCCCACGGCGGCCAGGGUACACGGGGAGAAGCCGAGAGCGUGGGAGUGCUGGCCGUGUCUGAACCACCGAGGGGCCCGUGGAGUCCGAAGAAGGGACCGUCCUCAGACCCCGGGACACCCCGCCUCCGCCGCCCCUCUCCCCAGCUCGCAGGCUGUGGGGCUCGGCCAGGGCCAGGCACCUGUGGGAACCCCAGCCCUGCAGCACGGCUGGCCCGGAGGAACCCCACCACCACUCGUCCCCGGCUGUCACAGCGCAGAGCCCCAGCCUCCGCGUCCACCACCAUGUCAAAGACAGCGCUGCUGGGGCAGGACCCCGGCAGCCCGCCCAGCCUGAACAGCAGACCCCUGCCCACCCUGGAGCAAGGCUACCCACUUGCCGGAGAGACCAGCGCACUAUCGCCAACGCAGGCCCUGAUCCAUCUGCUGAAAUGCAGCAUCGGCACCGGGCUCCUGGGGCUCCCCCUGGCCGUCAAGAACGCCGGCUUGUUGGUCGGGCCGGUCAGCCUGCUGGCCAUCGGGAUCCUCACAGUGCACUGCAUGGUCAUCCUGCUGAACUGCGCACAUCACCUCACACAGAGACUGCAGAAGACCUUUAUGAACUACGGGGAGACCACAAUGUACAGCCUGGAAAACUGCUCGAGCUCCUGGCUGAGGACCCACUCGGUGUGGGGCAGGUACACCGUCAGCUCCUUACUAAUCAUCACCCAGCUGGGUUUCUGCAGUGUUUAUUUUAUGUUUAUGGCAGACAAUUUACAACAGAUCGUGGAGGAAGCCCACAUCAUCUCCAACACCUGCCAGCCCAGGAAGAUCCUGGUGCUGACCCCGAUCCUGGACAUCCGCGUCUACAUGCUGACGAUCCUGCCCUUCCUCAUCAUGCUGGCAUUCAUCCAGAACCUCAAGGUGCUGUCCAUCUUCUCCACGCUGGCCAACAUCACCACCCUGGGAAGCAUGGCUCUGAUCUUUGAGUACAUUGUCCAGGGAAUUCCAUAUCCCAUCAACCUGCCCCUGAUGGCAAACUGGAAAACCUUCUUGCUGUUCUUUGGCACAACCAUCUUCACCUUUGAAGGUGUUGGUAUGGUUCUGCCUCUGAAAAACCAGAUGAAGAAUCCGCAGAAGUUCUCCUUCGUUCUGUACCUGGGGAUGUCCCUCGUCAUCUUCCUCUAUAUCUGCCUGGGGACCCUGGGCUACAUGAAAUUCGGGCCAGACACGCAGGCCAGCAUCACGCUCAACCUGCCUAAUUGCUGGUUGUACCAGUCAGUCAAGGUGAUGUACUCCAUCGGCAUCUUCUUCACCUACGCCCUGCAGUUCCACGUCCCAGCCGAGAUCAUCAUCCCAUUCGCCAUCUCCCAGGUGUCAGAGAGCUGGGCACUGCCGGUGGACCUGUCUGUCCGCACAGCCUUGGUCUGUCUGACAUGCGUCUCUGCCAUCCUCAUCCCACGCCUGGACCUGGUCAUCUCCCUGGUGGGCUCCGUGAGCAGCAGCGCCCUGGCCCUCAUCAUCCCGCCACUGCUGGAGAUCAUCACCUUCUACCCAGAGGACAUGAGCUGCGUGACCAUCGCCAAGGACAUCAUGAUCAGCAUGCUGGGCCUCUUGGGUUGCAUCCUGGGGACCUACCAAGCCCUCUAUGAGUUCACCCAACCCGUCAACCGCUCCAUGGCCAACUCCACAGUAAUUUACGCGUGAUCGUCCAUGUUGGCUGUCCCUCCGCCCCGUGUUAUUUCCACGUGGAUGUCAUAUAUAUUUCAGCAAACCCCGGCAUCUCUGUACUAAUUAGCAGUCUCUGUAUCUUUCCAAGAUAAACGUAGAUAACACAGGUAGUUCUGAGACCUCUCUGGCUUUUGGUUUUGGAUUUAUUUGGUGACCUUUGUACCUCUCAGUCAAAAAUCACAUCCUAUAAUUUAUAUGAUCAUUUUUUUUUUUUUGUACCAGGGAUCAAAGUCACCACCUCACGGUGCCAGGCAGGUGCUUAUGUCACUGAGCUAAAUUCCCGGCCAUCACUCUCAUUUAGUGGGAAAGAGACACCAUUCUUCCCCGGAAAACCACAAAUAAAUACUUUUUACUACAGAAGCUGCCCUAUCAGAUUUUUAAAAGAAGGUAGCUGGACUAGAAGAAGGGGGAAGUGGAGAGGUCACAGACAGAACAGAACUUAGCCCUUUCCCCUCCAGUCACGAGCUAAGCCACCGCCCUCUGCCCUCCCGUGAGACCCUGGGCAGGCUCCUCCCCCGCUCUCAGUCUUGGUCCCCCACUCUGUGAAAUGUGGGGGUGGCCUAACUGGCUAUCAGGGGCUCUUCCAAUGCUGACUUUCUGAAGGUGAAAAAAA